CGUCCUCAGGGGCUGAGCCCGCGUCCCGCCCCGGGGUGGCGCCUGCGACCCUUGUACUCCCCUCUUCUCCGCCCCUUCCCCCUGGGGGAGGGAGGCGAAGAGGGGCGCUGCGGUGGGCAGGCGGUCGAGUAGCCCGACAAGGAGCGUUGAGAGCGGGGCUCUGCCAUGGGCGCGCGCAACGCCAUUGGAGACCAAGUGGAAACGCGACGGGAGCGCCGCGAGUAAAGGGCGCUGUGGGGAGAGGAGGUGAUGGGGUCCAGGCGCAGAGAAGAAGCAAGGAGGCGAGAGAGAGGGAGGGACGGGGUAAACGAGGCCGUGGAGGAGAGCCACGCAGGGAGUGACCACCAGACGGACCACAGUCCCCUCCUGUGCCCUCCUGGGUUCCAGCUCCCGAAGACCCGUGCAGGGCUCAGACUCUGGCCAGGCCCCCGCGUCCCCAGCUGGGGACAGGAAGCACAGGCUUCCUGCCGGACUUCCGGGGCUACGGCAGGUUGCCAGUGGCCCUGGGCCCCAAUUCUUUAGGUGUGGCGUGUGAAUAGAGGGCCAAAGCUGCGAGAAGCCCCGAGGGAGCUGGGAACCCUGACUGGCUGUAUCCACUGUAGCAUGACGCUGUGAUACUGGACUCUGAUGUCUCCUGACAUUUGCUUUCUGCUCAUUUGAGAGAAAAAUAUGUACAAUGCUGUGACCACGAAAUUGCCCCUCACUUUUAGUGAGUCGAGUCAAGGUCAGGUGGAAACAGAAGCCUCGGUUUUCCGUUGCACACGCGGUAAGGGUACAAGGCCGCCCACUGAGGGCUGAGGAAGCUGUUCUCCAGAAGACUGCCACGCCCAGCAAGUGGGUGCAGUUCUCAGGGCUUCCUUCUCUGAGGUUAAGCUCCCUCUCCUCACCUUCGCCGGCUUGGUGGGAAGAAUGGCCGAGAUAGGUGUUUUAGAAGGAGUGCCACCGUGCACAGUCCCCCAUAUUUAACAGCCCAGCAAGUCUGGGUGGCAGAAGGACACCAAGACGCCCGUGGAAGCAUGGUUUCGAUAAUUGCCUUCGACGAGUUAAGGACGGAUUUUAAGAGCCCCAUUGACCAGUGCAACCCUGUUCAUGCGAGGGAGCGGCUGAGGAACAUCGAGCGCAUCUGCUUCCUUCUGCGAAAGCUGGUGCUGCCCGAAUACUCCAUCCACAGCCUCUUCUGCAUCAUGUUCCUGUGCGCGCAGGAGUGGCUCACGCUGGGGCUGAACGUCCCUCUACUCUUCUAUCACGUCUGGAGGUACUUCCACUGCCCGGCGGACAGUUCAGAGCUAGCCUACGACCCGCCGGCCGUCAUGAACGCAGACACCUUGAGUUACUGUCAGAAGGAGGCCUGGUGUAAGCUGGCCUUCUACCUCCUCUCCUUCUUCUACUACCUGUACUGCAUGAUCUACACGCUAGUGAGCUCUUAAUGCAAAGACCAUGCGCGUCAUCAGAGACUGGGAAGGGGCGGCCUGAGGCUGAGGAGUCCGUUUCUGCUGGUGACUGGAGGAGGGACCAGAGUGAGACCUGGGAGAGAGGCCGGCAGCAGGCGGUGCCACCGACCCGAGCGGAGCCUCGCGGCAGCCGGGCGACUCGACCCUGCGCGUCUGCUGUUGCCGUGUAUCAUGGUCUUUGGCGUCCGAACCCCACACACAGUUGCUGAGCCCUUCUGAGCGUCGCGGCUGUGGGGCAGUGGGUGACGAAACACUAAACCGCUUCUGAGAGGGGACUGCGGUUUCCUGAACCCGCUGCAUGGCACAGCGCCUUGCGAGUGCACGCUGCGCCCCUGGCCCGCGGCGUGGAGGCGGGAAGGCUGGAGGAGCCUGCUGAGGAAAGGAGUGACCUAGAGCCAAGGCCACGUCCGCGGGGGAAGGCCUCAAGGAUGUCUGGACUGCCCGAGACUCUUGUUCCAGUGUUUUCUUCCAAGCCGUGGCCACGCCUCUCACCUGGCGCGGGCGGGCUGGGGCGCGGGUCUGCCUGCAGCCGCCACCAGCCCGGAGCCUGCGGGCCGUUUCCGGCCGGGACAGGGAGCAGCGGGAGAACGGGUUUUAAGACGUUUGCAACAUGCUCAAGGUGUUAGUUCUUCUCCACCACAAGUUGUUUUCUUCUGUUGCUUCCCCAAACCAUCACCGAGUCAUUUAAUGCAAAUCAAUUGGUCAACACUAGUGGAAGCUACCUUCUCAUAAAGGUCCCCAGACAGUUCCGAGCCCAGGAAGCCCGGGGAGCGUGUGCUCGGCGCUGCAGGCAUCCCGGAGCCAGGAAGUGAGCCGCCAUCAGUGUAACUCGUCUUAUGAUGCCGCAUCGUUUGUGCUGUUUAGUUCAACACGAGGACAUCGGCUUACUUAGAAUUUCCCGUGUGGCAUUCUCUUUCUCCUGGGUGUGGGUUGUGCUGGGCUGUGCAGAAUGGCAAGGCUGGGACUUUCAUGAUGUCUAAAUUGAGCACAAUGAUUUUGACCUUAUUCCCCCCAACUUCCUUUCUUUUCUGCUGUUUAACAUAUACAGGCUAUUUAUACAUGUACCCAGCUUCAUCUGAAACCUGUGACUCAGGUUUGAGUGGUGUUUGUGUCACACAUUGUGCGCUAUGUUUAUUAAAAUGCAGCGACAA